UGUGCUUGGCUGCAGGUUUGUGCUCUUUUACACCCCACAGAUCAGAGGAGUGUAUGGAGUUCACACAGAAAUGCACUGUGUUAACAUUAACAUCUGCACCUCAAUAAGUCAGACUUUUUAUGAAUGAUUAAUAAAGUGGGAAAUAAAAAUGGACGUGGAUCAUGAAAUCACCCUCCUUGUGAAUGAGAUUCACAGACUUGGCAGCAAAAAUGCAGAUGGUAAAAUCAGCGUCAAAUUCGGUGUCCUGUUCAACGAUGACAAGUGUGCCAACCUCUUCGAGGCACUCGUCGGGACACUGAAAGCGGCCAAGCGAAAGAAGGUCAUCACGUUUCAGGGCGAGCUCUUACUGCAAGGAGUUCAUGACAAUGUCGAUGUUAUACUACUGCAGGAAUGAACUGAUGAACUGUCCUUUAAUCAAGUAAGAACAUUUCCCCUCGGAGAUCUUAGUCCUACAGUGAGUAAGCGAGCUCGCUCAGGAAUGUAUCUUCUUUCUAUACUUUUAUAAAUGUGGUUUUGCCGAGGGGAAUGAGUGCUUUUUGACCAAACGUUUUGUAUUUAAAUGACCAACGCCACUAUCAUAUCACCAGCUAUUGUUCAGAGUUAUGUCUCAACCUCCUGUGGUCUAACCUUUUAAUUAUGUGACUGCAAAACAAAAUGUAUUAUAUAUUAUUUUUCCUUCACGUAGCAAUCUUGUAUAGAAUUUUGCUAACAAGAUUAAGCUCUUAAGAUACUGUACUGUAAUGAGUAGUUUAAAAAGCCAAGGACUAUUACUGUGAAUCUGCCUGUCAGGUUUAUUUCUGCCAAAUGAUUAGUAGAUUAUUUGUGUCUUGUAUGUGAUCUAGACAUUUAUGUCGAAUGUAAUAUUACAGAAAAUUUUUUUUCAACAUAGAAAAUUGAAACUUGAACGCAGAACUUUGGGAAAUGCUUUACAGCAAGAUUAUAGCACAUUUUUAUACGUAUCACUGUACUGAUGAAAUCACAAGUAUCUCAGGCAUAAAAUGGCUGCUGGUUUAAUUAAUAAUAAACUGUUCCACUUGGUCAA